ACUCGCUGGACGGACGCCGGCCAGGACGCACGCGCACUAAACACCCACGAAACAUCGAUACUCAUCCACAACUUUAUCGAAGAAAAGAAGAAGAAGACCCACGACAUAGUUUCAUCGACAACAGAGAUGGCGCAACAUUACUUUGGAUUCGUGGUCCUGGCGCUGUUUUUCCUGGCUGGAGUUUCUGCACGACCUUCCAAUGAGGCAACGACACCUUUAGCUGACGGAUCAGAGGCAACUGAGUUCGAUGACCCGAAUGAUAAGCAAGAACGGUCAUUAACAUACGAAGUUAAUCCUGAAGACCAUAGCAAUUUAGAAGAUAUUGUACAGAAAAUAAAAUCAGUCAAUGAAGGAUUAAAAACGACAACUAGAAGACCUCCUAUCAAUUAUAAUACUCAGCCCCAAACGGGAGGGGGCUACGUUAUUGACAAAGACAUCUUAGAGAAGCUUCAGCAAAUUAUUGCUACAGGCAAAUUUAACCCUUCAACACAGAAAUAUCAGGAAAGCAACUAUUUGAGCGAAGACUUAGGAGCCCCUAGAUAUUCAAGACACUUGCCAUUUGGACUAGCACCUACCACGCCUAAUGGAAUAAAUACUGAGCAACAAGUCCACAUGGCUCCUGUCCCUUAUGUCACAAAUAUGCCAGUUCUUGUUAUGCCUUUGGGAAACAGUAUGAACAAUAACGAUUUCCAAUCAAAUAUGAUUGAUAGUUCUAUGGCAUACCAAACACGCGCGGGUCUACCUUUCCCAUUUCAAUGGCCUUUAGCACAAUUUUUCCCUGUUUUAAUUAAAGAUCCCUUACUGAACUUCAUGGGAGGUGGUGGCUGGAAUAACCUUAUUCAAUAUGGACAGAGUGCUGACGUAUGUAAUAGAAAACAAAAGGCAAUUGAAGGUUCUGAAGAAGAUACGGAGGAAAUCAGUAAUGAUGAUAUCAAACCGGAAAAUGAUGGUGACUUCAUUGAUUUUGCAUUAAAUGCUAGGCAAGGUAGAGCUUUGAAAAAACGAACCAUUUCAGAAAAGACUUUGGACAACAAUAUUGAAAACAUAAAAAAGAUCAAAAAAAUAUUCUCUGUAAAACCGACGACACCAAAACCAGUAAAGCAAGUCUACGUAGAAGAGCAAGACACUAAAACAGCUAAUCACGACGAUGGAGACUUGCGGUUUCCUUUUUUCGGAGAUUGGACUCUCUUUGGAAAUAGAAAGCCUAUUGCACCCAGCCCAGGCUUCUUUAUUAACAAACUGAAGGUCCGUAGAGGAGGUGUCGCUAUCGCUGGACCUGGUGGAGUGGCUACUGCGGGUAGAGGUGGAACUGCUAUCGUUGGUCCUGGAGGCCUCGCCUACACUCAACCUGGAGGUUUAGCAGUGGCUGGCCCAUCGGCACGAGUCAUCGCUCUCUCACAAGAACACGACCUCUCAUCAAUCGUCGCGCGUCUUCAAGAACAAUCAGCAGCGACUGAUGGUUCUUACCCAGGAGAGUACAGGAGAGAGGGAUCUGGAUUCAGCCGGAGGUCUGACGAGUACCAGUACAACGGAGGGGGCUUUGUAAAGGGGCCAUGGAGACCGGACUCCUUCUUUUUAUUUUUGAAGCCGACGGCGAAUGCUAUCAAUAGCCCCCGAGGAGUUGCCAUAGCUAACCCUGUGUCUAAUGUCAUCAUCGGUCGCAACGAGUUGGGGACCGUUGGUCAUUCCCCUGUAGCAUCUGCCGUGGUGGGGCCCGGAGGCAUUGCCCACGCUCAAUCGGACCUUUAUGUCGGAUCAGUUCAAUACCUUCCCUUCUACGGAGGAGCAAAGGGCCAGUACCUAGAAGUAAAGAAAGACAGCUUAGGAACUGUAACAAGCGAAAAGAUUGUCUCUGAAGACCAAAUAAGCAGUGACAAUAUACUGAAACACAGCGAUGAAAACCUGCUAUCGAAAGUACUGGCAGCUAAUUUGAUAAGCCUAAAAACUACUUCAACAAAUCUACUGAAGUUACAAACUCUGGGAAGAAAGACAGGCUCUCUAAAGAACACAGAAAAAACGAGGUUUAGGAAUCAGCUAGCAGCGGUUGGAGAAGCAGCCUCGAACAUUAUCAAGUUGAUAGAAGAAAUAGGAGAUGACGUAGACAUGCUGUUCAAAACCAACGUCACACAGAGAAAGUAUGACGAAAACGAUGACUACAUCGAAGAAGAGGGAGUAGGAAUCGAAGCACCUACAGACAAUGACGAAACCGCAGAAAUACCACUGGGUGGCACCAUCAUUGCUGAAGCAAAACCAGUCGGUCUAGCAGUGAUCGGUGAAAACGGUCUCGCAGCUUCCCGGCCCGUGGCCACAGCAGUGGCCUCCUCUGGAGUGGCUCUGGCCAGGCCCGUAGCCACCGCGGUCGCUGGAGUGGACCCUGCAGCUCUCGGCAUCAACUUCCAAAUUAACCACUUUGGGAAAAGUCCCUCGAAAUUGCACAAUUGAGCCGUCCUCGGUUACUGGUGAUGAAAAAAGUAAUUUAUCCUUGAAAUAGAACACGAUUUAUGUAUUUUUACUCAUAAUAUAUCUUGUAGAUGUGCUGCUACCAUGCUAUUAGUAGAUACUGUUGAAUAUUGGCUAUUUGAAAACCUUUAUAAAAUAUUGGUCUCAUAUAAUAUGUCAUUAUUUCUUUCAUGGUAGAUAUAUUUAAGUACAUCUAUGAUACUUUAAUGUAAAAUUUUAAUGAAUAAAUUUUCUUCUAUAUAUUUAUUAAAUAAGUUACAACUAACUACAUGUAUGUGAUGAAUUCGGAAAUUGAUCGAAACUGUAAAAAUGUGAUAGUAAUGUCUUUUGAAGACACAAAUCUAUAUUUAUUGAAAUAAAGUAACAUAAUUUAAAAUUU